AAAAUGGAUCAAAGUGAUCAAGAGGUGAAUUCAAAUUUAAAUUUACUUCGAAUGAAUGACAAGGAUGACUCGGGAAAAGAUACAAAAAAGACCGAUACACAAGGCUCAAAAGAUACGGAGAAAGCUGCGACAUCGUCAACUGAAGAUGUACAAUUAAGUUUCGAAGGUGACGAAUACUAUCAUGGUCUCUUACCUAAAGAAGAUCUACCUUUCCUUCUAAAAGAGAUUGGCGAUUUUGUAACUCGAUCAACACCGUCCAAUACACGUGAUAAUCACCGCAUUUUGGUUCUUUCUGUCAAAACACUAUCGGUUAAAUGUCAAAAAUCGUUUCGACAUAUUGUGCUUCGAGUGAAAAAGGUUGACGGUAAAGAUGAAUGGAGGGCAUUCGAGAACACUAAAUUCGGGUCGCUCAAGGAACUUAUCGACACCUAUGUAAAAGAAUCAAUACUGAUACGAGGCAUCAAACAACAACCGUGGGAGUUUCGCAACGAUGAUGUAAAAUUGAAAAGUGUUAUUGGAACAGGACAGUUUGGCGAUGUCAAGGCUGGUGAAGUUGUAAUUAAAGGGAAAUUGAAGAAAGUUGCCGUAAAAUUGGGUAAAGAGGAUGACUCCGGUCACAGAUUAAAUAAAGAACAACUUAAAGAGUUACUGCACGAAGCACGAUUGAUGCGACUUUUCAAGCAUGAGAACAUACUGAAAACGUACGGUGUUGCAGUUCAUAAGGAACCGAUCAUGAUUAUCCUUGAACUUAUAUUAGGAUUGGAGAAGGUUGUUAGAGGCAUUCUGGCGAGAUGGACCGCAAACUGGGAAGGUAGGAGGGUUCGUGGAGCAAAGUUGAGAAUCGCAUGUUGUUCUCAAGGGAGGACCGAGGGGCCUAAUGAAUCACACAAAACUCUAAUGAACUCUAAUGAAUCACACAAAAUUGUUCGAAGAACCUUCACAGGGAACACAUGCAACACUGUCAUCAAAUUUCAGAUUAAAGGUGGAUGCAUCCUCGAAGUAUUACAUUCGCGUCGUGGACACAUUUCAGAAUACGAGAAAGCAGGUCACAUGUGCUUAGGUACGGCAGAGGGCCUUGCUUACUUACAUGCACAUCGCUGCAUACAUCGCGAUAUCGCUGCAAGAAACGUUUUAUACACGCAUGAUAAAAUUGCAAAAAUAAGUGAUUUUGGAUUAUCGUAUGUGGGUGACUGCUAUGUUGUGAGAAGAAGUAAAAAGAUACCAUUACGAUGGACAGCACCAGAAAGUUUUACAACGUUUAAAUUCACCGCGAAAACGGAUGUCUAUUCAUUUGCGAUUUUUAUGUGGGAAGUUUUAACGGAUGGUGACGAGCCUUAUGCACAUAAAACAAACAUUGAAGUGAGACGAAUGGUGGAAAAAGGCGAUAGAUUAGCCAGACCGAAAGGCUGUUCAAAUGAAACAUUUAGCAUAGUUGAGAAAUGUUGGAUAUCAAAUCCAGAUUUUCGUUGUUCUAUGAAAGAAGUUUGA